GAUUUCUAGACGGAAAUGGGAGGAGAUAUGAAGAAAAGGAGAAGGGAGGAGGCAGAGAGGGGAGAGCACGGCAACGGUAAACAGGCAGGGGAGAGGACGGACGGACGCCACUUUGGCUUCGAAAAUCUGUCCAGUUUCUCGGUGUUUGCCGGAGGGGCUGCAGCAGAUUCCCAGUGAACAUUAGGGAGUGAUCCAGGAAGUGUGACCUAAGUUCUUUCUCUCCAGUUUCAGCCAAAUCAACAUGUCUGCCCCGGCUUACCCAGGUGGUUAUUCUGGACCCCCUUAUCCAGGAGGGGGCUUUGGAGAUCCAGCUCAAGCCCCUCCACCAGGCUUCAACAUGGAAUACCAUCAGGGCCCACCACCUGUUAUGUAUCAGCCGGGCCCAGUGGGACCAGGUCAGGGGCCGGAGUAUGGAGGCCAACCAAUGGGGAUCUCGCCAGCCGUGCCUAUGGUUGCUACUGGGGUCCCGCCAGGACUUGAAUACCUCACACAGAUCGAUCAGAUCCUGAUUCAUCAAAAAGUCGAGCUCCUGGAAGCUUUUAUUGGCUUUGAGACCAACAACCAGUAUGACAUAAAGAACAGCCUGGGCCAGAAGAUCUACAAGGCAAAAGAGAAGAACGACUGCUGCACCAGGAACUGCUGCGGCUCUCUGCGCAGCUUUGACAUGAAGAUCAAGGACAACGCGGACAGAGAGGUCAUCCGUCUCAUCCGGCCUUUCCGAUGCGUCUCAUGCUGGUGUCCCUGCUGUCUGCAAGAGAUGGAGGUCCAGGCACCGCCGGGCACCACCGUAGGGUUUGUCAAACAGGACUGGCACCCUUUCCUGCCAAAGUUUUCCAUCCAGGGGCCAAACAAGGAGACGUUGAUGAAACUUGAGGGGCCCUGCUUUGCCUGCAACUGCUGCGGCGACGUCAACUUUGAGCUGAAGGGGAAAGAUGGAGAGCAAAGCAUCGGCCGCAUCAGCAAGCAGUGGAGCGGUCUCCUGAAAGAGGUCUUCACCGACACGGACAACUUCGGCAUCCAGUUCCCAAUGGACCUGGACGUGAAGAUGAAAGCCGUGCUCAUGGGCGCCUGCUUCCUCAUUGACUUCAUGUUCUUUGAGAAAGUGGGAGAGGCCAACCAACGCAGCUCCGUGUUUUCAUAACUAUUGGAAAAGAAGGAGCAACACGCCUGUUAUUCUCCAUUUGUAUUGUGAUUGGACCAGAUUUUGUUUAUAGUGUAUUCUAGUUUUGAUUAACGCACUCUUCUUUUGUUUAUUUUUGAUGAUCACUCCAAGCUUUUUACUCUCCUGUGCAUUCUUUGCUAGAGUGGCAUUAACAUUUCAACCUCAUGCUUUCUGUCAUUACAGGUUUUUACCAUCUCUACCUUUUUGGAUAUUUUCUAGUGUAAGUGCAGUCUCACUGUGGAUGUAAAAAUACAUGAACUAAGUGUUUGAGUCAAAGUAGAAGUUACCUGAAGACAGUGUGUUGCUGCUGUUGUCUUGAAGGUGUCAGUCUCCAGAUGUGUGCCUAAUUAUUUGCCUUGUGAUAAAAACCUGCCAAAAUACUGACGGUUUUUAGCAGCUUCACAUUGUACUUGAUGUUAAUUAGCAUGUUAGCAUGAUCUCACAAAAAUAAUUUGGAGGAUGUUUCACCUGCCAAAUAACAGAAUUAACAAAAAUGCCACAUAAAUCUGCCUAUGCAUGACUUAAGAGCUUUCAUUGCUUUUCCCAUUAAAGUUUUACGGAAAGCCAUUACGUAAUUUAGCUGAUAAAACUGGUUAAAUGGAAUCGUAUGUGGAAUCCGUAGCCUUAUUGUGAAGCCACUCGUGUCCAGAGCAAACAGAACAGUAGCAGAGACGAGAAACAAUCACAUGCUUCCUUAGUAGUUAGGCGGUUGCCGUGGACACCGCUGCCCGAGCGCAACCUCGCUUUCUUUUGCUUUCCACCUUGCCCCUGUGUUUGUGUGCCAGUUCGAGUUUCUGCGGGUCAAAUGUUAACAGGAGUAAAAAUCUCAUAGAAACGGAAAUACGAAGGAAAAAAGAAGCAGAAGUUGAGGUUUUGGUGAAGUUUUUUUGUGACCUCUGUGACUAAAAUUUAAAGGAAGUGCUGUAACUUUGUCAAAAAUGCAUUUAAACUGAUCUAAAUGUGAUUUAGGAAGUUAUAUUGAAAAAAGCAGGUUGUUUGUUUCAAAUAUGCAUUUUUUUAUUUGAGGUUUUGUUGUUAAAUUGUAUAAAUUUAGUGAGGUUUUACAGCCAUCUGUGCUUUUUCUUCAAAUAUAUGCAGCUACUAAACUUGCCACACUGCCUUAUGACAUCUCACCUCUAUAGAAAAGGAACCAAAGCAUAUCCAGUGUUUUUAAACUGUUAACACAAGCUUGAGCAUCUUUUUCUACUUUUUUUCAUGUCUUGUAUUUUUUUUACAGAAAUAAAGGAUGUAUUUCAGAAAACAAA